AUGUCUUUGGCGCCGCACGACAACACGCCGCCCUUGCUGGAGGAGUCAUCCAACCCGACUGCGAUCGAGGAACAAUUUAGUCCAGAGAUAUCUGUCCAGGCCGAUGGACGGCACAAAGCUGGAUCGUCGCGAAAGCGACAGAAGAUCAGCCUGGCUUGCGAAGAAUGCCGCGCGCGCAAAAUCAAAUGCGACGGAGUCCGUCCCGAGUGCAGUGCCUGCAGACAGGCUCCCAAGGGCGUCCGAGCUUGCAGAUACCUGAGCGAGCCCUCGAGGCUCUCAGGGCAUAAGCGUGCCAUGCAGUCGCUCCAUGACCGUCUAGCCUAUCUAGAAGCCAAGCUGCGAGAAGCAGAGGCACACAAAUCGGCUGAGAAUAUAGAUAGCAGCAACAAGGAGCAGGACGAGGAGCCGGUGUCGAUACAGUCGCAGUUGCUCAAUUUGGAUCCGUUUCCUCUUCCAGGCACUCACUUCGAUUCAAGCCCACCUAUUAUCGAUCCAAAUCUACUGCCUGCUAGUCAUGAGGUCUCGAAAUCCCCGACUAGCCUAGCGAUCAACGGCAUGGGGAAAAACGAGAGUUCAGUCUCGCAUAAUAAUUCAACUGCUGUAAACGCCAUGGGGAUUACCUGUGUGGGUUCAGACAUCGCAACGGACACGGACAUGAGCAGCGAGUUCUAUGGCGAGCCCUCUGCGGCAUCACUUCUUAAUGACAUCCAACAUCAUUCCCAUCGGGUGUCUAUACCAACGAUGCAGGGUCGUGACAGUCUCAGUCGACACCCUCAAACGCCUAGGCACACACUUUCCAUGCGUCACUCAGGGGACAACGAUGACUUCCAUCUCCCCCCACAAUUCGUGGCCGACGAUUUACUGAAACUUUACCGCAUAAGAGUGCAAAGCAUUUAUCCAUUCCUAUGUUGGCCGAUAUUCAUGGAAGCAUACAAUCGCCUCUGGCUUUCUGACCCGGAUGUGAAAGCUAUGCCUCAGCUUACUGGCAUCGGCCUCGGAGGACCGAACUGCUCGAUACCAGUGUUCUACUGCGCGCUCAAUGCAGCAUUCGCCCUGGCAAUUCAUUUCACAGAGGCACCUGCCAAUGAACGCAAGGAGAGAGCCGCUCCGUUCGUGAGGCGCUCCCGUCACCUGAUGCGGCUUGACUUUUUGGAUCACGGGGAUCUGUCCACCAUCCAAGCGCUGCUCAUUCUGGCACGUUACCUGCAGAACACGGGUCUCUCCACCCGCUGCUGGAACGUUGUGGGAACGGCUCAUCGCAUGGCUCAGGGCUUGGGUCUGCACCUUGAGAUAGGCACAGGCACAGCAUCUGAGCUAGAAACCGAUAUCCGGCGUCGAGUGUGGCACAGUUGUGUGUGUCUUGAAACAGUCGCAGGCAUGUUAACAGGUCGGCCAUGCUCCAAUCCUGAUGUAGCCAAGGUCCCCUUCCCAGACUUGUUGGACACAGCCAUGUCUGAACCAUCUCCUCCAGAGAAGACCGACCAAGGCGAUUCAGACACUUCUUCAACCAUGUUCUUUAUACAUGCGAUUAAGCUUAAUCAAAUUUUGAAUAGGAUCCUCAGACAAGUUUACGGUUCUUCGAAAAAGCUUGCGGAGUGCAAUUGGUCCCACGAUAAUGAGGAACCGUACUUGGCGCAACAGCUGGCAUCCAUUAUAGUCCUUGACCAAGAGUUGGAUAGGUUCAAGGCCGAACUGCCCGACUCUCUUUCCAUAUCGAAGAAUGCCUCUACAUCCUAUGAUUAUGAUAUGCUAGCACACCAGAGGCAUGUUUUACACACGAGAUUUCUGCAUAUUCGCUCAUUACUCUAUCGACCCCUACUCGUUCAGUUAUACAGAAAGAUAAAGGCCGAAGGCAAGGCAAGCUGGCAUAAAACCUCGCCCAACACGCUCAACAGAGCCUUUGUUGAGAAGUGUUCGCUUGCCUGCAUUGGCACCGCCCAAGCAUUGAUCAACCAUAUCAGUACCACCUCAGGGGCAAUACACGGCGGUUCGCCCUGGUUUACUAGCUAUUAUAUGUACCAUGCGGCUAUGGUGAUCAUUCUAGCCGACAUAUGCUAUUCAGACUUGCAUUAUCCGAAUCACGAUAGCUUUCACAAAUCAUGGCAAAUGUGCCAGGACUUCUUUAGCCGAAUGCUAGAGUAUGACUCUGAGGCUUCCCAAUAUUUUCGGGGCCUGGAGCAUAUUUCUAGAUCCAUCGGAUCUAUGCAUGAAUCAUCAGAAGAUAACGAGGCUGCAUUGGAUUCCGGUAGUCUUCAACAGUGGCAUCAAGAAUUUACCUUCUAUAAUGUCCCAAACACUUCCUUGGACCAAAUACUAACUUUGGCUGGUGGGGAGUUAAUGCCUAGCAUGAAUAAUGAGAUUGGUGCCGAACCCUCUGCUACUAGCAAUCAGCUAUGGACACUCUUCAAAUGA